UGCGAACAGGAACUACGCAUGCUGCUGCUCACAACUUGACGCCUGCAGCUCAGUGGUCGGGGUUGGUCAGUAUUGUCAGAAGGGCAGCAUGAGACCCCUCUCUGCACGGAUCAUGCAAACAUGGGAAUAUUUGGAUAAGACCGUUUGACAGCUCUCUCACACAACAGAAACAUGUGGAGGACUCUAAUACUAUCACUGGUUGUUGCAUUGACAUUGGGCACAGAGGUGUCCCAGUCUGAGGAUGUGGCGACCAUCGCGAAUGAUUCGGAGGUGCAGCAGGACAAAUUCAGCGACAUUUCCACCGUACUGGGAAAGUCCCGACAUCAGAUCCUGGCUGCUCAGUUCGAGUGCUACCUGAAGAUAAUCCAUGACCCACUAAGCACAGAAGAAGGCAGUUUCUGUAACCGGACGUGGGACGGCUGGCUGUGCUGGGGGGACUCCACUCAAGGGACCGUCAUGCAGAUGUGUCCGGAGUACUUCCUGGAUUUUGACCCUGCUGAGAAGGUUACCAAGGUGUGUAAUCCGGGGGGCCAGUGGUUCCACCACCCAGAGAGCAACAGAGUUUGGACCAACUACACCCAGUGUCAGGCCCACACCAAAGACAAACUCAAGUUUGCCAUCAGUCUGUACUACCUGGCCAUGGUGGGUCACGGCCUGUCCAUCGUCUCUCUGAUCAUCUGUCUCAUCAUCUUCUCCUACUUCAAGAGUCUGAGCUGCCAGAGAAUCUCCCUCCACAAGAGCAUGUUCCUCUCCUUCAUCCUGAACUCCAUCGUUACCAUCAUGUGGCUCUCGCUCACUGUGGCCAAUAACCAGGCCAUAACCGCCAGCAACCCUGUGAGCUGUAAGGUCCUGGCUGUCCUGACUCAGUAUACAUCCACCUCCAACUAUUUCUGGAUGUUGUGUGAGGGCAUCUACCUGCACACACUCAUCAUAGUGGCCGUCUUCGUAGGGGAACAGCAGCUCUUCUGGUACUACGUCCUGGGAUGGGGUUUCCCGAUCAUUCCUGCCGUCACGUACGCUGUGGCUCGCGGUUUCUUCUUCAACGACAAGUGUUGGAUCAGCUCACACACACACCUGCUCUAUAUCAUCCAUGGGCCCAUUCAGGCUGCACUACUAGUGAACUUUUUCUUUCUCCUGAACAUCGUACGUGUUUUAAUCACCAAGUUGAAGGAGACCCACUGCGCUGAGUCCACAGCCUACAUGAAGGCGGUGAGAGCCACGCUCAUCCUCAUCCCUCUGCUGGGAGUCCAGUACAUCCUGUUACCAUGGAGACCCGAGGGACGCAUCAGCCGGGCCAUCUAUGACUUCUUUGUCAAUAUUUUCUGCCACUUCCAGGGACUCCUGGUGGCAAUUAUAUUCUGUUUCUGCAAUACUGAGGCCCAGACAGCGCUGCGGAGGAAGUGGCAUCAGUGGAAGUCUGCCUGGGGUAAAACCGGCUGGGGAGACACGCCCAUGAGCCACAACCACUUCAACCACCACAACAACUCCUCCUUCACCGAAACCAGCCGCGCCACCAUCAGCUUGGAGGACGCUGCGAAUUCGAAACGAGACGAAAACAGCCACUUCCUGUCCCUGGAGCAGGAGAAAGCCAACGGGCAGCAGAAGACAAGCAGCAACGGAGAGGCGGACAUGCUCAACAAGUUGGAGACCACCGACAUCUGACCGGAGAAAGGUGGUGGUGGUGCCAAACACAAACACACAGUCACAAAAGAUAAAGGACUUGGGUGUAUUUUCAAAAUAAAGGUUAACUGAUUGGGAAAUUAUCAGUAAAGCACUUAAAAAAAAGCAUGUGAUGUUCACAAACACAUAUUUGUUAUAACUCCAGUUUAUGGACACUAAUGAGCUGAUCAGAAAAAUAUAUAUUUAUAUCAUGGUGUCACCCUGUAAUCUUAGCAUAGUUUUUGCAUACAUGUGUUUUGUUCUGUGGCUGGGAUGAAGUCCACUUAUGUAUUUGAUUUAUUGUUGAACUUAUUUCCUCUUAAAUUUCAAAUCCAAAAACUGCCAUUUUGAAAGGACAAAUGCAUUCAUGUUUGUGUUGCAUUGCAGUAUGGAGCUUUUGAAUGCUUUACCUGUGAACCACUGAGACCAAUGAAUGUCAUAGCCAACCGAUAUGAUAUGUUCCUUCACAUGCUUAACCUAGAAAAUAUAAUCUAAUCAUUACUGGACUGCGUCAAAAAGGCCAGCAUUCACAAUUAGCUAGCAUUAGCUAAAGCUAAAAUUGCAUUUACCAUAUUUUACUGAUAUUUCCAAGCUGUUAUCUGAAGCUAACACAUGUCAAUUUUGUCAAACCCAGUUAUUCCAUAUAACUAAAUGAUACAGUAGUAAAUUCCAUUAAUGAUGGAGAAAACAUUUAUGCUAAUAUUAACUCUAACUGAGUUAAGCAAAAUAGUGAUAGCUAUCAUCUCAGCGUAGAACUCUGAUGGAAUUCAUGUUAUUUGUUGAAGUUAAGUUUCUUUAAAAUAAGGUUUUUGUUUUGAAAUGUAUUAAAUUGUAAAGAUAUUAAUUAUUUUGGUUUUAAUAUCAACAUUAAUUGGAGGAACUCAAACUGACAGACCAGCCCUUUUUCCUACAAAAUGAUGUUCCCAUAGACCCAAAAUGCCAUAUUAUUAUGAGGUAAACAUUGUUUCUCCUGCGUUACGGUUGCAGUUUUAAACACGUAGUUAAAGUUAACCAAACAAAUGUGCAAAAAAAACAACUUGGUUAGUUUUAGUAAAAUAAGUAAUAAAGUAAUUAUUCAUGUGCCAAAUUAAAACUGUUCUUUUAUGGCUGAUAAACAGACUCCAUCUGAACACUGAACGUAGCUACUAAGAUGAAAGGGCUUCUGACUUUCAUGGUUUUUAUACCAAUCUCUAUUAAAUCUCUCCUUAGUAUAACAUAUUGGCUACAUGACAGCUCAACUUGGAAAAAGCCUUUCUCUUUAUAUAUCCGUAGUGUGUAGCUCAUUUUGCGCCUCCUUUUAUCCCAACUGAUUUACUUCCUGGAACUAAAGGAUGUGCUGAACAUUUUUGGUUAAAACUCUCCUAAUUCAAACUAGAAGAAAGCUUUAAGUGCAAGAUAAUUACCAGUGUAGAGAUAAUAGAGCUCUUAAGUGCUGCAAUAAUUUCUCCAAUUUUACUCCUUCACUUAGUUCACUAACAACAUAGGGUUUUGGGGGAUUUUGGCCAAAAAGUAGAGCACAUACAAUAGAUUUAGAAACACUAUGAUGUGUGAAAUAUUGUUUGCGAGCAGUGUGUUCACAUUUGCUUUUUCAGGCAGUCCCUCCAGCUUUGUGACAAUUAGUUGGGGAAAAGUUUCUUAUUUAAUUUCCAACAAUCUUCACUUCUAUUAAAUGUUUUUUUCAUGAUGGUAAAUUGUAAGAUGUGACAGAGCUACACAUCUAAAAUACCUUUUAAAAAUGUUUCAAAUCUAAAUGUUGCAGACAGAAGACUGUGCCAAAUUAGUAAUACAAUUAAUUGUUCAGAACAUUUCGCUUUCUUAAUGCUUUGUCAUGUUUUAUAUUACUAUUUUGGCUGUUAAAUUAGUCUGUUUCACUAUUUCUAAUUAUUGUUACAAUAUUAUCUUUUGCAAAUACAAUUCACUGCCACUUCAAAAAUAGAUAUGAUUUCAUAGUUUUUUCAUCACACAUGUACCGUGCUGUAUGUACACUAGCCUUUUCAGUUUCCACUGGAAUACUGGGCAAGUCUUAUUUUUGGCUGUACAGUAUGAUUGUAGCAAAUGCAUCCACAUGUCACAACCAUAGGUCACAACAGACUUUCGGGAAACAAUUGUUCCAGUGUGGUCACAAAGAGCUACACUCAUGCAUGGGAAAACAAUUGUGGUAAGAAAACAGCUGAGUAUGAGAGAAGACUUUAAAAAAAGGGAUACACUGUACACUUUAGCCUAUGUGGCCCUGUAGGCAAACAUCUGUUAUGGACAUAUUUGUAAAGAAUUUGAAAAAAACAUUCCAAUAAAACAAAAGUAAUGUUCAAUUCAAGCAUAUUACUGUAUAUAUAUAUUUUUAACUCUGCCAUUUAUGUGUGGAAAUAAAAUUGUUUGAACAUAAA